ACUUGGCAUUCGGCCAGCUGGCAAAAACACUCCGGAAAUGGACAAGCAUGUUUCGAUUUCGGCCGUAACCGUGUUCUGGCUUCUAUUCGCCAUCAUCGGAUUCGCGAUCUCGUACCGCUACGAGGAGCGAGGGAUCAUCCGCUGCUGCGUGAUCCUCACCGCGGUUUGCUGCUACCUCGCCUGGCUGGUCACCUUUUUGGUGCAGCUGAAUCCCCUGAUCGGACCGAGGGCCAACCAGAAGGUCAUCUUCGGCAUGAUAACCUACUGGGACAACUCGCUCAUCCACAACAAGAAGGACCCGUGAUUCCCCACCGGAGGCUAUAUAUUUUUUAGGGCUACCAAAGGAAACAAAAUGUUGGUUUUUGCAGAAAAAUUUAGUUUAUGGCUUUUAAUGAUUUUAAUAAAUUUAAGCGCGGCACAAACUAA